AUCAAGGGAGAUAACUUCCCUUUUAUUUCCAAGAUGGUGGACGAAGUCACGAAGAAAACUCUAGCGCAGGUUCCUUUAUUAAAAACCAAGGCUGGUCCGCGCGAUGGUGAACUCUGGGUACAGCGAUUGAAAGAAGAAUACAUGUCUUUAAUAACGUAUGUCCAAAAUAAUAAAGAUUCAGAUAAUGACUGGUUCCGGCUUGAAUCAAAUAAAGAAGGCACAAGAUGGUUUGGGAAAUGUUGGUAUAUACACAAUCUGCUAAAAUAUGAAUUUGAUGUUGAAUUUGAUAUCCCAGUAACUUUUCCAACAACUGCACCUGAAAUAGCUCUACCUGAGCUGGAUGGAAAAACUGCAAAAAUGUACAGAGGUGGGAAAAUUUGCCUGACUGAUCAUUUUAAGCCCCUCUGGGCAAGGAAUGUGCCAAAAUUUGGAAUUGCCCAUGCAAUGGCACUUGGGUUGGGACCAUGGCUUGCUGUAGAAAUCCCAGAUUUAAUACAGAAAGAAAUUAUUGUAUAUAAACCUACAACCAAUUCAUGAUUGUUUAUACUUGUGCACUGUCGUCCUCAGUGAAAAAUUAAAAUAAUUAUUCAUUCAAA